CUGAACCUGCAUUCAGGACUACGCUACCUUCCCAAUACAAAUUAAUAAAUCUCUUUCCCAUUGUCAGGAAAAAACAUUAAAUAAAAACAGCUGAAUAAAUCGGUGGCUGUUAGCACUGCCUUGCAAUGACACUAAUUCCAGACAUCCUGUUAAAUACAUAAUAUAUCCAUAAUGUAGUUUUAAUUGAAUACUUCAUUGUUUUUCUUUAUGUGCUGCAAUCAUUGUCCUGUGUGCAAUUUCACAAUCACAGAAUCUUGCAGAAUUUGCUGCAAAAUUAGGAGACUAUAUUCUUGAAUCAAAUGUUACAUCUUGAAAUAUUUCUCAUCUUUUUCACUAUUGCAAAGACCCUCCAGAGAUGAUGUAAAUGAAAUUUCAUCUAUAGGUGAAAGUGAGCCCAGCCCUUUCCUUGCAAGGAGCUGAGGGUGCAUCUAUUGUGGAGGUCUUGGGGAUGAUGCUGUAAAAAAUGAUGGGAAGGAGGACUUUAAGCUAUGUGGAGUGGUCUUUUCACUCAUUUAACAGAAUCUUGGAAUAACUUCAAAGGUCUAGAUCCAAAUUAUACCACGUGGAUGGAUCUCAUGGAGAAAUAUGGCUACCGCACACAGAAGUAUGGGAAAUUAGACUAUACUUCUGGACAUCAUUCAGUGAGUAACCGUGUGGAAGCCUGGACUCGGGAUGUUGACUUCCUACUCCGGCAAGAAGGGAGACCCAUGGUAAAACUUACUGGUGAUAGGAAGCGUGUGAGAGUGAUGGAAGCAGAUUGGCGGAAUACCGAUAAAGCAGUACAUUGGAUAAAGAAGGAAGCAAUUAACCUUAGUCAACCAUUUGUUCUCUACUUGGGACUAAAUUUACCACACCCAUAUCCAUCACCCUACAUGGGAGAAAAUUUUGGAUCAUCUACUUUUUUAACAUCUCCCUAUUGGCUUGAAAAGGUUGCUUAUGAAGCAAUUAAAAUUCCCAAGUGGUCUUCUCUUUCAGAGAUGCAUCCAGUAGACUAUUACUCAUCAUACACCAAGAAUUGCACAGGAGAGUUUACAAAGCAAGAAGUGAGAAAUAUUAGAGCAUUUUAUUAUGCUAUGUGUGCAGAGACAGAUGCCAUGCUGGGUGAGAUUAUUUCAGCUCUGAGAGAUACUGGGCUUCUGAAAAAAACAAUCAUUAUAUUCACUGCAGACCAUGGGGAACUUGCUAUGGAACACCGUCAGUUCUAUAAGAUGAGUAUGUACGAAGGAAGUUCCCAUGUUCCUCUUUUAGUUAUGGGGCCAGGCGUAAAAGAACAGCAGCAAGUACCAAACGUGGUAUCUCUUGUGGAUAUAUACCCCACUAUGCUUGAUAUAGCAAGAAUUCCUGUCCCGCAGAAUAUCAGUGGAUAUUCUCUUAUACCGUUGCUACGUGGAAAGGCUGAAAACGAAGUGUCACCUAGAGGUCCUCGGCCCUCAUGGGUGUUGAGCGAGUUCCACGGAUGCAAUGUGAAUUCUUCCACAUACAUGCUUCGAACUGGCAAGUGGAAAUAUAUCACGUACUCAGAUGGGCAUUCAGUACUUCCACAGCUGUUUGACCUUUCUGCCGAUCCAGAUGAGCUAACAAAUGUUGCCAUAAAAUUCCCAGUAAUUGUACAUUCCUUGGACAAAAAGCUCCGAUCUGUAGUAAAUUACCCAAAGGUUUCUUCUUCUGUUCAGGAGUACAACAAAAGACAGUUUAUCAGUUGGAAACAAAGUCUGGGUCAGAAUUACUCAAAUGUUAUUGCCAACCUUAGGUGGCAUCAAGACUGGUUAAAGGAACCAAAAAAAUACGAGAACGCGAUUGACAAGUGGCUUAGUCGAAGUAAGUAAAUAAAAAUAACCUAGAUUUUAUAUGACUGAGGGUGUGAAAACAUUCUGCAUUUAUAAUGUUAUGCUGUAUUCAAGCGUUAGAAUUAUUGUCAUGUAUAAACUAUUGAAGGCAAAGACGCCCAAACAAUUACUACUUUGUGUUAGAAAGCCAAAAGCAUUUUAUGUAACAAGCCAGCACAACAGAUCUAGGUUUUUACAUGUUAUAAUUCUGUAAUACUUACAUAUACAUAUAGGAAGGAAAGUACAUAAGUACAUGUGCACAGAAUAUUUAGCUGGUUGCAAAUAUGCAGAGUAUUAAGCAUUAAAACUCAACAGGAAUUUCCAUUUCUAAGGACAGACUAAAGCAAGGAUUAUAAAAUUUAGUGUAGUGAGAUACCAAUUACAGUGGAAUGUGCUGGAGCCCCUUUCCCAUCAGACAGAUUUUAAAUCCACAAUGCAUACACAUUCAUCCACCUUAGAGAAGCCAUGGAGAUUAAAAUAAAAUAAAAAGGUUGACUGGUAUCAGUCUGAACAUAGAUGCAGUUUUUUCAAGUACUAUGUCAGCAUUCCUGUUUUAUACAUGAUUGACUCUUCAUCUUUCAAGCCCUGCCUUCUAAUCUCUUGCUUUUGGAUUUAGUGCUGUUUAAAAUUUCAUAUUAUGCAUAGGCCACUAAUUAAAUACGUGCAAGUGAAGGGAAAUCUGGUAGCUGGUCACUGUUGGAAAUUAAAGGCAGACAAACAAAAACAACAACAAAACCCCUCUGUUUAAACCUGUGAGCAGAGCAGUCUCUGAAAAGUGGUAUUGUGAUUUGCAGAGGAUAAGAUGAAAACUGCCUGAAUAAAUCUCCAUUAUGUAGUCAGAUUUUGCAAGGAAAUGUUUUAAUAUACACAUCAAGGAGUGGAGAACUGGAACCUGAAAUGUACACAGGGGAGGGGCAAUUGGAGCUUGCAGGGAAAGUUAACGUAAAAAUACUAUCUGACAUUUUUGCAGGGGUGUGACAACAAAGCAAAGCAGUUUUGAAGAAGGUAAGAUUUAGCUAGUAACUCUUCUGCUUAAGGGAAAACGUAAUUGUAGCAGCACUUAGGUUUGCUUAUUCUUGAUCACAGUUGUUGCUGCUAUAGUAACAGUAUGACAUUAUACUUCAUACCUAAAUGCUUUCUGGAAUCUGUAAUGAAAGUAACAGUAAGGUAAUAAAAGUAAACAUGAAAAAUACAUGUAUUUUCUGGUGACCACAUGCAUUUCAUAAACAACUUACCACACACACGUCAAUACGUCUGCUCUGGUGCUUCUUUUUGUAUCUGGUCUUACUAAAAUGCCUAUUUAAAAAGAAAACAUUGGAUGUUAAAAGCAAAA